AUGUAGAAAUCAAUUGUUGGUCCUAAAUUACUGCUCUAACUAAAUAUAAGAGUAGGACCAGAUGAUGAUAUUGUCCCUGAUGAAUCGUUUUCAUAAGUUUUAAAUUAAACUGAGUUGAUUAAAGAAUAAUUAAGGUAUGAUGUAAAAGGAAGGCAGAUUACAUAAGGCAAAAAUUACUCAAUAGAAUUUGAUAAUUGUGUUACAGUUUGUGUUUACGAUCCAAAUGAUGAAGUCUUAUAAAUAAAAGAAACUCUUUCUCAACUUUCAAAUCUUGAUAUGAUGAAAGUUAACUUUAGAAACUAACAUUAAAAUAACAAUAAAUAAUAAUAAACUGACUAAUAAUUAAAGUCAAUUUUGAAAAGAAAAAACUCACAACAUGUAAAUGCCUAGAAAUGA